CCAGCUUUCAUUUAAUGAAGAAUUGAAAGCUAUACAUAACACCUCAACUGCAUACCAGCCCAAGUUGGUGCAUUCAUUAACUUCACUCUCCACCUACUUUCUUCCAUUUACCUACAUUACAUUAAUGCAACAUUUAAUACUACACACUUGUAUAUAUUCAGACAUAUAAACUCGUAACUAUACAAUUUUAUCAACACCAGAAAAACAUAAAAAAUAAUUUAACGAUGCCUAGUGAAGGAGAUCUUCUGUCAACAGAGAUUGUCAACCGUGGGAUUGAAUCAUCAGGUCCUAAUGCUGGUUCUUUGACAUUCUCCGUAAGGGUUCGGAGACGGUUGCCGGAUUUUCUUCAAUCGGUUAACCUUAAGUAUGUUAAGUUGGGUUAUCAUUAUCUUAUCAACCAUGCCAUUUAUUUGGCUACUAUACCGUUUUUGGUGCUUGUUUUUAGUGCUGAAGUUGGUAGUCUUAGUAGAGAAGAGAUAUGGAAGAAAUUAUGGGAAGAUGCUCGUUAUGAUCUUGCUACUGUUCUUUCUUUUGUUGGUGUUCUAGUUUUCACUGUUUCUGCUUACUUCAUGUCCAGACCAAGGUCCAUUUAUCUUGUUGAUUUUGCUUGUUAUCUCCCUCAUCAUGAUCUCAAGGUGAGCAAGAAUCAGUUCCUGGAGAUGUUAAGUAGCUCCGGAAAGUACGAUGAGUCAACCUUGGAAUUUCAGAAGAGAAUCUUAGAGUCAUCCGGAAUUGGAGAUGAAACGUACAUUCCUAAAGCUGUAAUGGAACAACAGAGUUGUACAACGAUGAAGGAAGGUCGUUUAGAGGCUUCAACGGUGAUAUUUGGGGCCCUUGAUGAGCUCUUUGAGAAGACUAAAGUCCGUCCGAAAGAUGUCGGAAUACUAGUUGUGAACUGCAGCAUUUUUAAUCCGACGCCGUCCCUCUCUGCCAUGGUGAUAAAUCAUUACAAGAUGAGGGGUAACAUCUUGAGCUAUAAUCUUGGUGGAAUGGGCUGCAGUGCUGGGAUUAUUUCAGUUGAUCUGGCUAGAGAUAUGUUGCAAGCUAACCCCAAUAAUGUUGCUGUGGUAGUUAGCACUGAGAUGGUGGGUUAUAACUGGUAUGCCGGUAAGGAACGCUCCAUGAUGAUUCCAAAUUGCUUUUUCAGAAUGGGCUGCUCCGCUGUUCUGUUGUCGAACAGGCGUCGUGACAGCAGGCGCGCCAAGUACCACCUUGAACACAUUGUUCGGACACAUAAAGGCGCUGACGAUCGCAGUUUCAGGGCUGUAUACCAGGAAGAAGAUGAACAAAAAUUCAAGGGGCUAAAAUUGAGCAAAGAACUCGUAGAAAUCGGAGGAGACGCGCUCAAAACCAACAUCACGACACUUGGACCUCUAGUCCUACCAUUUUCUGAGCAACUCAUCUUCUUCGCGAGCUUGGUUUGGAGGCAUUUAUUCGGCAAAAAGAAUGGAUCUUCACAUCUCUCAAAACCCUAUAUUCCUGACUACAAGCUUGCAUUUGAGCAUUUCUGCGUCCACGGGACAAGCAAGAUAGUGCUCGAUGAGAUACAGAGAAAUCUCGAACUGAGCGACAAGAACAUGGAAGCGUCGAGAAUGACUCUCCACCGAUUCGGAAACAUUUCGAGCAGCAGUAUAUGGUACGAGCUAGCUUACUUGGAAGCCAAGGAAAGGGUUAAAAGUGGAGAUAGGGUUUGGCAAAUUGCUUAUGGAUCUGGUUUUAAGUGUAAUACUCUGGUUUGGAAGUCGAUUCGACGUGUCCGAAAACCUUCUAGAAACCCUUGGCUUCAUUGCAUUGACAGAUAUCCUGUGCAGCAGCUUUAAUUUAAAAGCUUGUGGAGAUAUUCGAUUGUCAAUUAUUUAUAUAUUGGAACUACACUGUUGUUUAUGUUUUAGUUUGUUUCUGAAUCCAAAAUUGUUGAACUAAAAUUAGCACAUUUGAAAGUAGUUUCAAGAAGAAAUUUCAGGUUUAA